UGGUGAAGUCAGUUAGGCCCAGACUGCGCAACGAGUCAGACCACAUCUCGUCUACGUCCACGUCUUCGUCUUAAUUUUUUUUUGCAUUUCGUUUCGCCGUUCGUUCCUCCGUUGCCCAGCCAAGUGUCGUGGUUAUGCUUAUCGAAAUACUGAAACAAAUCGGUUAAUUAUCACUUAAAGCUCUGAUCGAUUGUCAAGUGAAUCGCAACGAAAGCGCCAUCACAAUCGGUGCAGUACGCCGGUUCGUUCCGGGCAAACAUUUUGUGGGCUUGGUUGGAGCCACUGAAACUAUGACUGUAACCGCCUUUGCCGCCGCAAUGCACAGACCCUUCUUCAAUGGAUAUUCCACUAUGCAAGACAUGAACAGCGGCCAAGGACGAGUCAAUCAAUUGGGCGGAGUAUUCAUCAACGGACGUCCACUGCCAAAUAAUAUACGCCUAAAGAUCGUCGAGAUGGCCGCCGAUGGCAUCCGUCCGUGCGUGAUAUCACGCCAGUUGCGCGUCUCCCAUGGAUGCGUGUCCAAGAUACUGAAUCGCUACCAGGAGACGGGCUCGAUACGGCCGGGAGUGAUUGGGGGUUCCAAGCCGAGAAUCGCCACGCCCGAGAUCGAGAACCGCAUCGAGGACUACAAGCGCACCAAUCCGGGCAUGUUCUCCUGGGAGAUACGCGAGAAGCUCAUUCGCGAGGGCAUCUGUGACCGCAGCACGGCCCCGUCCGUGUCCGCCAUAUCGCGCCUGGUGCGCGGCCGGGAUGCCCCGCUGGACAGCGAACUGUCGCCGUCCUCCUCCUCCGCCGGCCACCACAAGGCACCGUCCAGCUCGUGCGGCUCCGACCUCUCGUCGGGCCAUCACAACAACAACAACAACAAGCCCUCCGACGAUGAUCUCUCCGACUGCGAGAGCGAGCCCGGCAUCGCUCUCAAGCGCAAGCAGCGCCGCUGCCGCACCACCUUCUCCGCCGCCCAGUUGGACGAGCUGGAGCGAGCCUUUGAGCGCACCCAGUACCCGGACAUCUACACGCGCGAGGAGCUGGCACAGCGCACCAAUCUCACGGAGGCACGCAUCCAGGUGUGGUUCAGCAAUCGCCGGGCACGUCUCCGCAAGCAGCACAACUCGGUCUCCGGUGGGCCUGGAUCUGGCGUGGGCUCCUCCAUGCCCUCCGUCUCGAUGCCCUCCAGCGUGGUGUCCAGCGUGCCCAGCAUGGCGCCUCUGGCCAUGAUGCCCAGCAUGGAGGCGGCAGCCGCCUACCAGCAGCAGUACGACUUCUACAGCAGCGCCGCACCCACGGCCACGGCGGUGGGCAGCAACCUGUCGCCCGGCUCCAGCCUGGCCCUCUCCUCCCUGAACUCGGCCACCACGCCGCCGCAUCACCAUCAGUUCUACAAUCCGAGCGCCGUCAGCACGGCCAGCUACAUCAUGCCCUCGAGCGCCACCUCCGGUUCCGGCUCGGGCAACAUCAUCGUCUCUGGCGUGACGCCCAGCUAUGAGACACAACUGGGUCUGGGAGUGGGCUCCUCCGUCUACAGCACUGAAUCUGAGCCGCAUCAGACAAUGCCACGUAACGAGAGUCCCAAUGAGUCCGUCUCCUCCGGCUUUGGCCAGCUGCCGCCCACACCCAACAGCCUCUCGGCCGUGGUGGGUGGCGGUGGUGGUCCCUCCGGCGAGUCCUCACAGUCGUUGGCCAAUGCCAGCGGCGGCAGUGAGGAGCUGUCGGCCGCCCUUAAAGUGGAGGCCGCUGAUCUGGUGGCCGCCGCCGCAGCUGCGGCUCAGCCUCAGCUCUACAGCAGCUGGAGCUCGAUGCAGAGCCUGCGCCCGAAUGCCCCACUCUCGCCGGAGGACUCUUUGAACUCGACCAGCUCCACCAGCCAGGCCCUGGAGGUGUCGGCAGCCGCCCAUCAGAUGUUCCAUCCGUAUCAGCACACGCCGCAGUAUGCGCCAUAUCCCACGGCCACGGGACACUCGCAUGCGCACUCGCAUUCGCAUCAUGCUCACGGCCAUCCCCAUCCGCACGGGCAUGGGCACGCUCCACAUCCGCAUCCGCAUGCGCACCAUCCGCAGUACGCUGGAGCGGGACAUCCCCACUAUCCGCCCACCUCCUCGACACAUUUCAUGUCGCAGAACUUCAAUGCCGCCGCCUUCUCAUCGCCCUCGAAGGUCAACUACACGACGAUGCCCCCACAGCCGUUCUACCAUCACUCCUGGUACUAGGAGGGGGUUUGAGCAGGGAGGAUCGGGAGCAGGUGUCACCUGAUCCGUCGCUUGAUGUCGCCAAAGAUGUACAUACACAAGGGAUGAAGGGAUGGGAAGGGAAGGGAGCGGGAGCGGGAAGUAGAGACAUUUUCCAGAUGGAAAACAUCUUCAGGACUUCCCCGAGUAGCAGCAAUUAUCUAUAGCUAAGUCUUGAUCAUAGUUUAUCCUACAAUAAGUACGAGUACGAGUAUAUUUUGUAUCCUAAGAUCUCUAUGCUAAGUAGCAAGUGCCUUGAAAAUAAAUACAUAUUCUAAUUUAUC